AUGACUGGUGGCAUGGUCAUGGCUCGUUCUCGAACUGCACCACCUGGAACUGGAUCUGGAUCAAGUUUGACCACUCUGGAAGACCGCUCCUCGCAGGAUGAUCUUCUUACACCAGCAACAAUAACGACACCCUCGUCUCGCACAUUUUACCGCCAACAACCCCAGUCGAGAGACAAGCUGAACAAGUCCGACGAUCUCCUCCUGGACAAAGACCCUGUAGUCGACCAUUUGGCUCUUACCCCAGCUGGCUCAGCUGCCUUGGACCUCAAUCAAAGCAAGGACAACAGCAGUAACAAUGGCUCUAGCGGCAAAAUGAACGGUUCGACCUCAGCAGGAACAAUGAAGACAACACUCUCGACCAGGAAGACGUAUUCGUUGGCUAGGACUCGAGCUCCUUCCCCACCCUGUGUCAUUACUGGGUUCUGCUCGAUCUCCAAAAGCCCGAUCAAGUCCAGCGGAGAACCUUCACCCCAAGACUUUCUGGGUGAGGCCGAUCUGCCCUACCCUUUGCCGUCAACUUUGCAUGAUCGUCAAACCCGUCAACGCAAGCGGGCCGAGCAACUGAGGCAGCUCAAGAUCCGCGAGGAAUGUGAGGCUAAGGAAAAAAACGACAGCAUCAACAACAAUCGCCGGAGAGCGAUCCGUCGUCGAGUCAACUCCUAUUCCGCAGGGAUGGUGUACUCAUCCGCCUCUUCCGCCUCUUCAGCUUCAACCUCCUCAACCUCCCAGCAUGCACUCUCACCCCCUUCUUCUUCCAGCAGCUGCAGCAGUUCGACCCCUAACUCGCCUGCAGUGUUUUCGGAUUCUCCCAGGAUGCAGCCGCAAUCCGAACAAUCGUCUACUACCUGUUUCCGAUCAGCAGCAUGGCACCAGCAGCGUCUCAGUUUGAACCAACAUCUCAAGCUGUCUCCUUCCUCACCAACCCGUGGCAGUAGCAGUGCCAACAACAUCCACCUCCUCAACCGACACUCUACCUCCAAUAUUGGCCAACCAUCCAAGGACAAGCUGGCCAUACUUUCGGAAUUGUCUUCUCCUCCCUCACGUCCCCAUCGGAAGGUUGCAUUUGAUCUGGAAAACAUACAGGUGUUUGAGUAUGAUGUCAGUGGCGGUGACGAUUGGUCUCCUUCGUCCGAGUCUGGUCCCUCUUCUUCUACGAUACCACCGGCGUCGACUAAUGGUCGGGAUAGUUACGUUCGCUAUUGUCCGCCGUCGGAUUGCAGUAGUAGCAGUGGCAGCAGUGAUGAAGAGUCUUCUUCUCCCAGUCCUCCUCGAGCCCUCACCCCUACUCGCGACCUCAAGUCCAAAGCUUCUUCAUGA